CAGCGUUCUUUGAGGCAGCGGGCUUGGGACCGCUGCAUCUUUCGUCUCCACAGAGGCGGUGGUGGCGGGAAAGACCCGUCCCCUUCGAGGGGGACUGGAUGACGCUUGGAUGUCAGAGACGCCAGUUAGUGCCUAGACGUUCAGUCUUCGUCCCCACCGGGAAGGAUGUCGAUGGAUAUUAUAAAGGGAAACCUAGAUGGAAUUUCAAAACCAGCCUCAAAUUCAAGAUCACGUCCUGGGAGCAGAAGUUCAAAUGCUUCUCUGGAGGUGCUCUCACCAGAACCAGGGGCCUUCAAGAUUGACAUGGUAAACAAGUUGAAUUUUAGUAAGGAGGACCACUCAUCAAAUAGUAGUCUGGAAGAAAGAAGACAUACUUAUGAUGACAAGUGGGCAGACUACUUUGAGAGCACAAAAGCAGCCAAAGAUGGCUCAGACGAAGACCCAGACUUGCUUCAACAGAUGAUGCCUGAGCAUCCAGGUAAUCCCAAAUUAGAAGAGUCAGAUGCUCAGCUUCAAAAUGCAAUUCGUAAGAUGCACAGACUGGAUAAAAUACUGGCCAAAAGACAAUGCAGAGAAAAAGAAGUUAAAAAGAAAGGUGUAGAAAUGAGAGUUAAGCUGUGGGAAGAACUCAAGUCUGCAAAAAAUACAGAAGACUUGGAAAAUGACGAGGAGUUGGAAAACACAAAGAAGUUUUUGUGUUUGGCUUCAAAAUCUGCGGAGACAGCUGUAGAGCCUUCACACUGUGAGUUUGAAGACACGUUUUUCUCAGUGUUUCAUACUCAGAUUUCUCCAGAAAAUUAUGAAAAUUGCAUCCAGGAUAUCAAGAAGGAUUUUACCUGUGAUGUGGAAAAAAAUGAGCCAUUGAUCAAAACAGAAAAGGAACCCUUUUCAAACACAGAAAGGAUCGAGCUUAGGAGUAAAUCCAGCCAGGAUUUUAUUAAGCGAAACAUUGAGUUGGCCAAGAAUUCCAGAAGCCCAGUGGUUAUGAUCGACAGAGAGAAGAAAAGGCUGGAUGAACUCCUGAAAGGUCUGGACGACAUAGACACAGGACUGUCCAGUUCUGAGGGUGAUCAGUGUGGUUGGCUGGUCCCAGAAGAAGGCUAUACUCUUGCAGCCACCGAGUCUCAGCAGCUGGCUCAGAUUGACACAAAACUGCAGGAAUUCUCUGUGGUCUCCCCAACCGUCUUCAGCCUCUCUCCAAGAUGUGAGAAUCAGAGCAGUAAGGAACCUGACCCCAAUGAAGAAAGAAAUAUGGAACCAACUCCAGGGGAAAAGAUACUCCGGGACAGCAAAGAGCAAAGGGACCAGCAGUCUCGGCUGAGAGCCAUCGACGGGAAGCUGAGAGAGAUCAAUGAACAGUUAAACUCCACAUUACAUCUCUCUGAGGAACAGCUGAAGUGUCUUCUGGAGGAGUGUGUAUCCCAACAGAAAUGCAUCCCUCUUGGCCUUCCUUCUGACAGAGAAGACGAAGGUAUUGAUGCAUCACUUGGGCCCCCACAGCUUUGCCCAUCCACUGUCUGUGGGUUACUAGAUGAGUCAGAAGCCCAGGUCCAGAAAACCCAGCUAGAUGAUGCAAACAGGCCUGAGAACGAGGGAUGUGGACCUGCCAUAGGCUCGUAUCUCACCAAAGCCUUGGCUGGGCAUUACAAAGCAGAAGCUCUCGUCGUUGAAGUGGAGGCCAUGAAAGGCCUCCAGUUCUCCAAGGAGGAGACUUUCAACGAUGCAGCAGACUAUUUUAUGUCAAAGACUGUUGGUAUUGGGAGACUGAAAAAGCCCCCUUUCUUGGAUGAUCCCCUGGAUGACAUCAUUGUGAACGCCUCCUCAGAUGACCAACAGCUGAAACUCAACCAUCCGGAGGAACCAGCAGUAGCAGAUGAACAGGAGACUGGAGAUGCUGUGGAUGAACCAGAGGAAUGUGAAGCAUGACUCUUUGGGGUUUAAGCUUAAGAAAGUUGAAAAUCAAGUUGCAUUAUAUACUUUUUUUUCC